CUCCUGGCUUACGACGCACAAAGACACAAAAUGGAGCUGAAGCUACCUGGCUGAGGACAUCUACAGCUACUCUCAAUAUUAUGCACGAGUUGAAGUUGUAUCCGUGUAGUUAAGGAGUUAAUAAUAAGAUAGCUCGGCUGAAACCUCGAGGAAAGAGGAUUUAAACAUGUUUUGGACGUUAAUCAUCGCGGCCUUAAUGGCAACAGAGACCGCCAUGGCCAUCUCGGUCCAGUGCCCCACCAGGAGGUACAUCGUCAUCCUCUUCCAGCCCGUCACCCUCAACUGCAAAUACCAGACGACGGCCACUCAGCUCCCUGUUGUCACGUGGAAGUACAAAUCGUAUUGCCGCGACCCCAUCCAGGCUGCGUUCAAUCCCAGCAGUGCAGAGAGCAUCCUGUCUCAGAACAACCCCAACUACGACCCCAACAUCGAGUGUGCCGACAGCCAGAGGACGGUGCGCAUCGUGGCCUCCAAGCAAGGCGAUGCUGUGACCCUCGGCGGCGAAUACCAGGGUCGCAAGAUCAGCAUCCUGAACAAUGCAGACCUGAACAUCGCGCAGACGGCGUGGGGCGACAGUGGCGUCUACGUCUGCUCUGUGAUCUCUUCACAGGACCUCUCCGGGAACGGCGAAGACUUCACGGAGCUAAUUGUCCUCGCGAGAAAGUCAAAUACAACUGACCUCCUGCCUGGCAUUGACUUACUGGUUAUGGAAGACUGGCUCCUUGUCGUUUUGGUGGUUUUUGGCUUGUUGCUGCUGCUGCUCCUGAUCGGGAUCUGCUGGUGCCAGUGCUGCCCACACACCUGUUGUUGCUACAUCAGUUGCCCCUGCUGCCCCGAACGCUGCUGCUGCCCACGAGCACUGUACGAGGCAGGAAAGGCAGUGAAGAAAGGCGGCAUGCCAAUGAGUCAAUAUGCGCCGACCAUGUACGCUCCCAGUAUGUACGCUCAGCCAGCGUACAGUGGCCAUCCUGGCAUGCCCAUGCUUCCUCUGCCCAACGGAGGUGGACCGCCACCUCUCCAGAAUGGGUACAGCCGGGACUAUGACGGCGCCAGCUCGGUUGGACAGGGCUCCCAGGUGCCUCUGCUGCAUGAUCAAAACGGGGGAGGGGACAACACAGCUCGCAGUGGGUAUCGUAUCCAGGUGGACCCCGAUGGGAACGCCACACGUGCCAUUUACUAUAUGGAGCGGGAGCUGGCCAACAUGGAUCCUUCCAGACCGGGCAACUACAACCGCCUGGAUACCAUGACCGAAGUCAGUUCCCUGCACGACAGUGCGGAUGCUCGGGGCCGGGGGGGUCGUUCCCAGCCGCCGCCUCUGGCCACCGUCUACGACAGGGACGAAGCCAUGAGCACCAUCAGCAGCGUGUCCCAGCAAGGCCGUCGCCGCGACGACGGCGGCGGAGGCUACAUGGGGGAUCGCGUGCGCGCUCGCUCCAUGGACAACCUCGACGACAUCGGACGGCGCUACGACCGCGAUGACCCCCCGCCGCAGAGGCGCCCGGAUGAGUUCAGAGGCCGGAGAGGCUCUGACGACGGGUGGAGCAGUGGCGCCCGCAGCGGCAACGGCCGCGACAACGACGACCGCAGGCGCCGCGACCCCUCCCCCGAGGCCCGCCGCAGAGCAGACGACGGGGGCUACGGGGCCCUCCCGGGCAGACGCAGCCGCAGCCGCGACGACCUGAUGGCCCUGGACAGGGAUCGCCCGCACGCCGCCGACGCCAGGGGCCGGCGAGACGACUACGACGACAGCUUCCUGCGAGAAGCCAUGGAGAGGAAGAAGAUGGGCGAGCAGCAGAGGGCGCGCAGCCGCGAGCGUCUGGACAGCGAGAGCGACCGCUCGGACCGGGGGAGGGCGCCGCGCGGGCCCCCGCCUCUUCCUCACGCCCCGGCCUCCGGGAACCCCGGUCGCCGCGACGACUACUUGCCUCCGCCGCCACCGCCGUACAGUGAAGAUGAAAGUGUGUCAUCUUCAAAGAAAAGCAACCUGCGCAAGAAUGGAGCUGUGAGUCGUGAGAGCCUGGUGGUGUGAAGCCGUGACGUGAGCAGCCUGUGCAGUGACGCAGCUCUAUACCAGUUCAAGUUAAACACUGUAAAUAUUAGUCACACUGCUAACACGCUGUGCUGAUUUGUUUUUAUUGCGUCGUUCACAGUAAAUGUAUUCAGAGCUGACGCUGAAUGUGCAUGUAUACUUUUUUUUUCAGGAAGAGGCGCACAGAUGAAAUGUUGAGUGCCUCUUCGUGUAUAAAACAUUGUGGCUGCCACAAGUGCCUUAUAAAGUGUACAGAAUUGUACAUGCAUGUGAAAGUCAAGUUGUUAAACAAUUCUCUGUGAAGGUGUUUACAGCUUGACGAGUGAACGUGCUCCGAUUGGUUUAAACCUUUUUGUUGUUGUUUCAGUCACCUUUUUCUACGGGUACUGAUGUAGAUUAGUAGGGGUCUAAAGAUUCUUCUGGCUUUUUUAUUUGUUUUUAUAAGAACAUCUUUGUACAUUUAAAGGAAUUAAUUGUAUCAUUGCUUUUCGCUCCUAGUUGUGUUUGAGUGUGCUGAAUGUCUUUAGAAACCUGGUGAACUAAAGUCUUGGUUACAAAAUGUAUUUUAGUUUUCACAUUUAAUUUCUGAAAGUUCAAUAUUUCAGUUUUAACUUGCAGUAUGUUGUACAGCCGACCAGUAAUACACUCUGAACACACAAAUGAUUAUUGUGAACCUAAUUUUACAAUAAAGGUCCCUAUUGCCAGGCCACAUAUUUGAAUUCCAGAGUGUAUCCACCAGAUGGCGCCAUCUGUCAUUAAGUAGAUGCGUUUCUCCGGAUCUGGGGAUCACAACGUUGCCAUUGGAUUUGAGGAGGUUCAGAUUGUUUCUUAUUGGAAGUUCACUGAAACAAUCUCGGCAUAAGAAAUCUGUGAUAAAGAUUAACUUUCAUGAAUAAAGUGAAUUUAUUGAGA